CGGAGGGUGUUCCUGUGUUUAGUGUCAACGCACGGCAGGAAGCCUCGUGAGGAAGUGUCCACGCACGGCAGGAAGCCUCGUGAGGAAUAUGUCAUCCUUGUUAUAGUUCCUCAGUGAUCCUGUGUUGUGAAGUUUGCUACCCACUACAGCGUUGAGUUGUGGGGAACACACAACACUGGCCAGAGACUCAGUGUAGGAGGCAGACAGUCAAGGAACACUGCCCGAGUAACGCUGUAUCGAAACACUAUUCGGAACUUAAUAAUUGGACUGAAUUCCUUCGACUCUACAUCUGAGCUGUGUUUAUCAGCAGGUGUUCCUCCUCUUGGGUGCUAUUAUGGUGGUGGUGUGUGCCCGGCCCUCAGACACCCGAGCCCAGACAUAUCCAGAAGCCCCGGCAGCAUACGAAUACCAGUACGGUGUUCUCGACGACGAAUCUGGCAACGACUUCGGCCACGAGGAAUCACGGAACGACCAGGCUACGAGCGGUCGUUACUACGUCCUCCUCCCAGACGGUCGUGUCCAGACGGUCCUGUACUCUGUUAACGGCGAAGAAGGAUUUGUCGCUGAUGUAUCCUACGCUCGCCGUCGCUGAGAUGUCGCCCCUGUCGUCUGUGAGAGUUGGUGUUUGUGAGGGUUCGUUUCUAGGAGAAUCCGAGUCCGUGAGGGUUGGUGAAAGCUGUGAAGAUUCGGGUCUAAGGAUGUCAGAGUUCUUGUCUGUGAGGUCUUUGGCUGUGUCUGUUAGGGUCCUUGGCUCUGGAGGUCUAGAAACAAGAAUAUCAACAGUUUACACACGGAUAAACGGCACGGCUCACAGAUCUCAACUAUUUAGACACGGGUAUUAACGGUACGGCACAAGAAUAUCAAGAGUUAAGACAAAAGUCAACAACGUAGCCACGAACACCCACAACAUCGCCUUCAGUUCUGGAUAUCAACGAUGCAGACACGAAUAUCACUGACUUAAGUAAACACAGGCCUCAAUAGUGUGGCCUUGGGUGACGGAUACAGACACCAAUGAACACAGAUGAUAGCAGCAACAGGUACACCUCAAGAUAUACAUUAGAAUUGACCACAGAAUUAGAAUUAGAGCUAAAGGUACAAGUGUAAAUUGAAAGAAAAAUCGAAAUUUCGAAGUUACCCUUAAAUUGGUUGUUUAAUGGUUUUAGGUAAUGACAAUUUUAUUUAACUUUCUUCAGAAAAAUGUUUUUUUUUUGUGAAUCAAUAAAAACUAGAUUUUCCGAACUUAUUUUUUCCAACUAAUUUUCCAUCAUUUGCAUUGUUAUUUAUCAUGUCACCUUCAGUCUGUGAGUGAGGUGGGAAUGAAUCAGUUUUAUUAGUUUCAGAACAGACUGACAAGGUUAAUAAAAUAGUUAUCCUAUUUGAUAUAUUCAUUUUCUAUCGCAACAAGUUUUCUCUGAAGAGUUUCUGUCGGGGCUAACUGUUGUAUAUCCAAAUUUUCUCAAAUAAAUCUUUACUAAUGUAGUUCAGGGUUACUUAGGUUAUUCAUUUACAUAAUUACCUAAUGGCCACACAGUAGACGUGGCCAUGCCGAGGGAAGGAGGCCAGUGGGCUGUGUAGGAUCCCUCCAUUGUUGUUGAUAAUUUUGUCAAGGGCCAUUGUGAAGCCCAGUGCUGUUGUUGACCCACACCUCGAGCUGGUAGACCGUCCAUAGGUCUUCCAGCCUCUGUGUCAAGAAGUAUUUCCUUAUAUUUGUUCUGUAUGAUAACUUGACCAGCUUGUAGUUAUGUCCCCUCGUGUUGGUGGUGCGUGACAUAACAGAUACAGUAAAUGUCUCGGUACAAAAGUUUCAGAUUAACCCCCCUCCACCUCACCCGAUUCAAGUUACCCCCGCGGUCGUAGGUUGAAAGUACCCCUCCAGUCUCCAAUGGCUUCUGAAGAUGUCUUGAAUAAAGACGAAAGAU